CCCAUUAUGUGGGUUUAAAUUUUUGAAGUGUCCUUUGAAGCACAGCUGAGCUGCUUUUAACAAAUAUUAAAACCUCUUAAAUUCGGAAUAUGAAUUGGUGUCUGAAUUAUACUUUUAAAUUUAAUAAGCAUUAUAGUUUUACAAGCACUGUUUGCAGAUCAAACUUUGAGGUUUCCAAACUAAGAGUCUGGAGUUCAUUAUGAUAGCUAUUGCUUUUAUAGAAUCUAUAUGCCAGGUGCUGUUUGGGCACUCUGCAUGUAUUAACUUAUCUAAUUCUGACAACGAUCCUAUGAGUAAAGACUUAUCAUAUGCGUUGUGCAGAUAAGAAAAUGGAGGCAGAGGGAGGUUGAGGAAUUUGCCAGAAGUAAAAAAGUAGCAGAGAUGGGCUCCAGAUUCCGUUCCUCUUAACCACCUGCGACACCGCCAAGGUGGAAUUGAACCAUUUCAAAGAAUGCCUAACCCCUCACUUUGGGUUUGAAAUAAUAGUGCCUUUAUGGCGUCUGCACUCUGGACAUUUUCCCUCUCUUUACCAAGCCAGAAACUAGUACCGCCCUUCCGGCUGUCUUCAUUUCUCCCUCCCCUCCCAGUGUGGCUUCAGUACCCUCUCUCUGCUUCACCCGUCAGAGGCUUUAGUGUUUGGAAGUAAUUGCGAAGUUGCCUGCAGUCCCCCAGGUGGAGCAGCCUAAAUUUCUAGCGACCAAUGGGCGUCCAGGAGCAGCGAAUUCAGCCCAAUGAGGCUCAAAGCUGAGCCGUGGGCGGAGCCAGCAGAGGGGGCGGGAACGGAGUCCCCAGGCGGUGCCUACUGUGUGCAGCACGGGCUGCACGCACUGAGCGGAGCCAUGAGUUGGACCUGCCCGCGUUGCCAGCAACCUGUUUUCUUCGCGGAGAAAGUGAGUUCGCUGGGCAAGAACUGGCACCCCUUCUGCCUGAAAUGUGAGCAUUGCCACAGUGUCCUGUCCCCAGGAGGGCACGCAGAGCACAACGGGAGGCCAUAUUGCCACAAGCCAUGCUAUGGGGCUCUCUUUGGACCCAGGGGGGUAAACAUUGGUGGUGUGGUCUCCUACCUCUACAACUACCCCAUUCCUACUCCUGCCAGCACCACUCCCCUCAGCCCCAGCAGCUUCAGCCCCCCUAGGCCCAGGACUGGCCUCCCCCAGGGCAAGAAAAGUCCUCCCCACACGAAGAUGUUCACUGGGGAGACCUCACUGUGCCCCGGAUGUGAGGAACCUGUCUAUUUUGCUGAGAAGGUGAUGUCUUUGGGCAGAAAUUGGCACCGGCCCUGUCUGAGGUGCCAGCGCUGCCGGAAGACCCUGACUCCGGGGAGUCAUGCUGAGCAUGACGGCGUCCCCUACUGCCACAUCCCCUGCUACGGCUACCUGUUUGGCCCCAAAGGUGUGAACAUUGGUGAUGUGGGCUGCUACAUCUAUGACCCCGUGGAGAUAGAAUGAGAUAUCCCAGGAGAGGACACCCUAACUCGGGCCUUCCAGCAUCCCUCCAUGGUCCAGUGGGAGCUACAGAAUUCUCCAGUCCCAUGGAGAUGGGAGAAGGUAGCGUUCCGGCUGCCUGGGCCUCAGCUCCAUGGUAGACCAGGAAGUCUAGACUUUCUCUGUCAACUCCUCCUUUUUGCAUUCCUAUCUGGUCAGGGCACUUGGGCCACCCUAUGUUGAAGGGUAGCCUCCUGGCCUUCCCAAUCGCUUUCCCCGCCAAAUUCUGGAACUUCAAGGUACUCAUAAAACUUGUGUUUAUUCUGGCUUCUCCAAUAAAAAUGUUGGCUCCCA